GUUACCCCCCCGCGGGGCCGCGUGUGUGCGGCUCAGUCACAGCUCAGUUAAAGGACAUCUGCUUCAGAAGAGAGAUGGCAGGAGUGCUGAAAUGUGACUGAAAGUGGUUACCUUGCCUGAUACUACAUCCGAGCAUCUGAGCUAAAUUGGCUCAUCGUUGAGCUAACGUUGUUUUUGCACUUCCUGCCGAGGCCUUUUGUAUUGUUACCCGCUGGGUGGAUAAGAGUAUGCCAUCUGAAAUGUGCCUCAGCAUUCAAGAAAUGCUGACGGGUCAUAGACUCUGUCAGUCAAAGUCCCACAAGGAUGCCAUUCUCGCAGCCCUGAACCAGCAGCGCAACGAUGGGAUACUUUGUGAUGUCAUUCUGGUUGCGGAGGAACAAAGAUUUCAUGCGCACAAGGCAGUCCUAGCAGCGUGCAGUGAUUAUUUUCGAGCCAUGUUUAGCCUUUGCAUGGUGGAGAGUGUUGCUGAGGAAGUAAGCCUCCAUGGAGUGACCAGCCUGGGUUUGAAACAAGCUCUUGAUUUUGCCUAUACAGGACAGAUCCUUUUGGAACCUGGUGUAGUCCAGGAUGUACUUGCUGCAGGAAGUCAUCUUCAGCUGCUGGAGCUACUCAAGUUGUGCUCCCACUAUCUAAUCCAGGAACUGACUAGUUUCAAUUAUCUGGACCUGUACAAACUUGCUGACCUCUUUAACCUUACACUGCUUGAGGAGGCAGUGGUUAACUUCUUGGUCAAACACCUUUCUGAUCUGCUGAAGAACCACCCUGAGGAGGUCAUGGCACUUCCCUAUCGGCUCCUACGAGAAGUCUUAAAGAGUGACCGUCUCACAUCGCUGAGUGAGGAAGAGAUCUGGCAGCUGGCAGCGAGGUGGUUGGAGCACGGCUGUCGGUAUCAGUACAUGGAUGAACUCUUACAGUACAUACGCUUUGGCCUAAUGGAUGUCGAUACACUUCACGCUGUGGCCCUGUCUCACCCUUUGGUUAAGGCCAGUGAAACUGCUACGUCUUUCAUUAAUGAGUCUUUGGAGUACCACCAGAGCAUCUAUGCACAGCCCAUAUGGCAAACUAUCAGGACACGACCUCGCUUCCAGUCAGAGACGCUCUACAUUGUAGGUGGGAAGAAGCGUGAAAUUUGCAAAGUGAAGGACCUGAGGUACUUCAAUCCAGUGAACCAAGAAAAUGUUCACAUCGCAGGGAUUUCCAAUUGGAGCGAGCUGUCUCAGAUGCCUGUGGGUAGAAGUCAUCAUUGUGCGGCUGUGAUGGGAGACUUCCUUUUCGUGGCGGGUGGGGAAGUGGAGCAUCCCACAGGUCGCACAUGUGCAGUGCGGACAGCGUGCCGUUACGAUCCUCGCAACAACAGUUGGACAGAAAUAGCUCCAAUGAAAAACUGCCGUGAGCAUUUUGUGCUGGGAGCCUUAGGUGAAUGUCUCUAUGCUGUGGGUGGAAGGAAUGAACUGCGUCAGGUCUUGCCCACAGUGGAGAGGUACUGUACGAAAAAGAAUAAGUGGUCUUUCGUGCAGUCGUUUGACAGAUCGCUGUCCUGCCAUGCUGGAUGUGUAGCCGAUGGCCUUCUCUGGAUAUCAGGUGGAGUAACCAACACAGCUCAGUACCAGAACAGACUUACAGUAUUUGAUCCAAGCCAGAAUAAAUGGAUCGCCCGCAAUCCAAUGCUUCAGAGGCGGGUCUACCAUGUCAUGGCAGCCGUCAGCAGAAAACUUUAUGUCCUUGGAGGGAAUGACUUGGACUACAACAAUGAUCGGAUUCUCGUUCGCCAAAUUGAUUGUUAUAACAUUGACACUGAUCAGUGGGUCCGCUGUCAUUUCAGCUUACUCACAGGCCAAAAUGAAUCGGGUUUGGCUGUGCACAGUGGAAGAAUCUAUUUGGUUGGUGGGUACUCUAUCUGGACAAACGAGCCAUUAGCCUGUAUUCAGGUACUAGACGUCAGUACUGAAGGCAAGGAAGAGGUGUUCUAUGGGCCAACACUACCGUUUGCUUCCAAUGGGAUAGCAGGAUGCUUUCUCCCAGCCCCGUACUUUACAUGCCCUAAUCUUCAGACCCUGCAAGUGCCUCACCACCGGAUAGGUGCUAUAUGAGAGGAGCGUUUAAGGCAAGGGCUCACAACCAAAAUUUAAGGGCGAGGUCCAAGUUACCUCAUUCAUUGAUCCUACCAAGGGCCAGAUGAGACUGAAGAAACAUUGCUGGCUCUUGGAUAAAUGGCUUAGGAAUUUAGCUCUAAAUUGUAGUUGCCCCCUAUUUGGAAACAUCUAUUCAAUCUGUUGAUUCUUUGGCUCAACACUGGUUAACGUUCCUCUGGUUCAACUAUGUUUGAUCAUAUUUUCCAUCGUAUUAAUUCGCUAUCAUUUUUCUACUUGCGUUCAUUCAAACUGAUUCAAUGGACCUGGAUUCUCUCUUCUAC